AUGGACAUCUUAUUGGAACAAAGCAGUGACAUAGAUGUCGUUAAGAAAAUGGAGGACGAACAUUUACGAUUACAAAGACAGGUACGAAUGAUUCAAGUGGACAGACAAAACCGCUGUAUGGGAGUACAUCCGAAAUUCAGACGGCAAGAUCGGCUACUCAGGACGCUAAAGAAGGAGUAUGUCAAUUUACGGACGGACUUAAAGACCGCAAGAUCUGGUGCUCAUAAGAAAAAUGACAAGAAAAUGAAACGAAAUUUGGAAAAUGCAUUGUUGCUUCAGACAAGAACAAGCCAGGAAUGUGAAGAGGGCAUAUUUCUAAUGUCUCAAAUGGACGAAUUGCUUCAGCGGAAAAACAAACAAUUGUUGCACUUGAAGGAAAUCGUCAGCGCAAAUAAUGGCCAGCUAGAAGAACGUCGACUGCUGAGUGACCAUCGCUUGGCUUCCACCGAGAACAAGUUGGAAACUGCCACGUUGAGGUUCAACGCCGUCCAGUGCGAGAACAAAAAGAUACGAGAGGAGAUCGAACACAUGCUGAAGGAUCGAGCGAUUUUCAACGAGGCGUGGAUGAAGAUGCUGAACGCCUUAAAACGGGGCAAGAAAUUCCUCACGGAUCUCUUCGAGUCUUCCACCUUGGCUUACGACCAGAGGGACGAGUGGUGUGCCAAAUUGCGCUCCGUCCAGGAAAAGGGAAACUUGGAUCAAAUGGUGCAAGUGCAGGAAAUGCGAGAUCUUCAAAAAGCCUUUGAUCACGAAAUGAAGCUGUACCACUUUUUGGCGCGGAAAGGCGUCAUCCGCAUUAACAGAAAGGAGGAGGAGCGCGAGGAAGAGAUAAAACAGAAAGAGGAAGAAGAUUUAAAAAAAGAAUUUGACAGACACGCGGAUUUGAUUCGCGAUAUAACAGAAUAUGCAAAAGAAGACGAUGUCAAUAAGAUAGCAGAAGAAUUCAACAGAGUGGAACAAGAGAACUUCUCCAUAUACAAACUCCUUACGGAUUUUUGCGCUGAAAAUGAAGUAUUGAGUCGUGAUCGCAGGCGCAUACAACAGGAGAUAGAAGACAGAAGAGACUGGAAUGAGAUGAUGGAGGAAAAACGUCAGAAGAAGUUGAAUUCACUGAAACUGAAAUUAGCUGAGCAGAAAUCUAGAACAGAAGAGAAGGGAAAUCUCUACCAUGAAAGAGGAGAAGUUUUGAAUAAAGCUAUGGAAAAUGUUCGUGAACUAUUUGACAUGUCACAAUGCAGUUUGGACCCGUAUUUGAACCUUUUGGGAGACAAAGGCCCGUCGCUACAUCAACUGGACCUCACCUUUCGACUUAUUGCUGAAAAAAUCAAGGAAUAUGUACAGCUCACUUAUUAUUAUGAAAGGCACAUGAUAAAGAAGGGAGAUAAGAGCUCAUCUCGCCUAAAGAUGUAUACCAUCCACCCUCAGCCUCCGAGCUGCUGUCCAACCAUCCCUAUCAAGUUGCUGGUGCCUGCUGAUCCUUGCCCAGCCUGCGUCGAAGCCCGCUGGCUAUCUCGAGUAACAGAAACGUUGGAAGUCCCGUUCACCAAUGCUAUGGCUCUAGAGGCAUUACAGGAAUUAUCGGAAGACCCUGCCUUCGAGAGGAGUGACAGGAUCCAUCAGCUGUCGGACUGUCGCGUUCCGCAGAGUAGAAAUAUAUUGGCCAGACGAUAUCUACAACACUGA